UUAAUAUGCGGCCUCUUAGUAACGACAUGCCUUAUUCAAAUUGUUUUGCAGUAUACUCUUGCCAUUGAUAUUUGGAGUAUAGGUUGCAUAUUUGCCGAGGUAUUGACAGGAAAGCCACUUUUUCCUGGUAAAAAUGUUGUUCACCAAUUGGAUUUGAUGACUGAUCUUCUUGGUACACCUUCUUUGGAUACAAUCUCUCGGGUACGGAAUGAGAAGGCUAGGAGAUACUUGAGUAAUAUGAGGAAGAAGCAUCCAGUACCUUUUUCCCAAAAGUUUCCAAAUGCAGAUCCUUUGGCCCUUAAGCUUUUAGAGAGAUUAUUGGCAUUUGAUCCAAAGGAUCGCCCCACUGCAGAAGAG